AGUUUCAUUUCAAGAAUUCGAAUCAAACUUCCAUUUACAAAUCUGGGAAAACCCCAUUUUUUUCGCUUAACCCCUUCGCUGAUUAUCUAAGAAGAAAUCAGAAUGGCGUCUGAAGCAGAGAAAGACCCAGCAUCAGUCUUUGACUUCACUGUUAAGGAUGCUAACGGAAACAAUGUGGAUCUUAGCAUGUAUAAAGGAAAAAUCCUACUGAUUGUCAAUGUUGCUUCUAAAUGUGGGAUGACCAACUCAAAUUACACCGAGCUAAAUCAACUAUAUGAAAAGUACAAAGAUCAAGGGCUGGAGAUCCUGGCAUUUCCGUGCAAUCAGUUUGGUGAAGAAGAACCAGGAAGCAAUGAACAGAUUGUAGACUUUGUCUGCAGCCGAUUUAAGUCCGAAUUUCCCGUCUUCGGUAAGAUUGAAGUGAAUGGGGAUAAUGCUGCUCCACUUUACAAGUUCUUGAAGCUGGGAAAGUGGGGAAUUUUUGGAGACGAAAUUCAAUGGAACUUUGCUAAGUUCUUGGUCGAUAAGAAUGGGCAGGCUGUUGAUCGUUAUUAUCCCACCACGUCAUCUCUCACCAUUGAGAGAGAUGUGAGGAAGCUUUUGGCGCUGUCUUGAAUGCUAUGAUAUUAAGGAAUCAGGGACGGUGUUGAAACCGUGGAACAGCUGAUUCUAUCCCCUUUCUCCCAUUUGCUUUUCUUUCAAGAAAUCGCGGAUAGACAGUGUAGAUUUAAAUUCCGGACUGGAAAAUUUAGUUCCGUGACUGGCCAAGAAAGCCAUUGUAAGUUUGCAGCAGUAAGAUUUUUAAGUUUGAGAUUUUGCUUCAAGCUAAUAUUAAGCCCGCUUUUAGUUUUGUUAAUAA